AUGAUUGAUCGACAGGAGCUUGGACCACUGCGGCUCAUCAUUCAUCCCUCCGUGUUUGAUUGCACAUACUAUUCUUCACUUAAACCACUUCCGAUCGACCCUGAUACCAUCACCAUGAGUGCUGCAGCCCAGGGUGACAAGGCCUCGGCCGCAUCGAACUACCCCAUCGCUAUCGAACACUACACCCAUGCCUUGAGCGAGCUACCCCGCGCUCCGGCAUACUACAUUUCGCGAUCGACUGCCUAUUCGCGCCUGAAGCCCGCAGAUGGCGGACCCAACUACCAGGCUGCGCUCAAAGAUGCCGAAAUCGCACUCCAGCUUGCCAAAGAGCGUGGAAACCGUGAGCUGAUCCUCUCCGCUCAGAUGCGCCGUGCCGUGUCGCUGUACCAGCUUGAGCGGUAUGGAGACGCAGCAUUUGUGUUCGAAAUCAUCGCAAAUAAAACCAAGAGCGAGAAAGUGCCAGAGAAUAAAUCGGAACAGGUGCAGGCUGCCAUGGGAGGUCCAGGAUCCGGUUGGGGAGGCCCCAGAAACAAUUACAGCGCCCAAUUGCCGAUUUGGACCGCCAAACUUGAACGCAAGCUAGCAGAGUUACCCAAGGACGAUCCCAAGUGCGCUGUAUCUAUUGCCGAGUUCCCAUCUUCUACCUACGUUCCGACUGGAGACGAGGUGAAGGCUCAGUGGAAGGCCCUUAAGGCUGGCAACAACGUGGGAGUGGCCGGAGCCUCUCAGCAGACUGAACCUCAGCCCUCGACGGAAUCGACCCUAUCCCCAGCGGAGGCUGCUUUAGCUUCUCAUGUUCAAAACUCAAACACCAGUGCUACGGCUACUAUUGCUCCGCAGAAGGUUCGCCAUGAGUGGUAUCAGUCACAGGACUCUGUGGUUGUGACUCUCUAUGUCAAGGGGGUCCCAAAUGACAGUGUCGCCGUCGAUCUGAAAGAAGAUUUGGUCUCGCUGCAAUUCCCCCUCCCAUCUGGCUCCGAAUACGACUUUACAGUCGACCCGCUCUAUGCAUCUAUCAAUCCCGCCGAGUCCAAGGUCUCAGUCAAGGGCACCAAGAUUGAACUCACUCUGCGAAAGCAGACAGCCGGCCAGAAAUGGAGUGCCCUCGAAGGCUCAGCCACCAAGACCACUGAGAUCACCGACCGCCCAGCCGCGCAAACGGCGCCAGCUGCCUCGGGCCCUUCAUAUCCCACCUCGUCACGCAGCGGCACCAAGGACUGGGACAAGGUCGCAUCCUCGCUCACCGAGAAGAAGCCAAAGGACAAGUCAGGAGAUGAUGGAACUGCAGCCGAUGUAUCGGAUGACGAAGGUGGCGAUGCUGUAGACGGAUUUUUCAAGAAGCUGUAUGCUGGCGCUGACCCGGAGACGCGCCGAGCUAUGAUUAAAAGCUACACUGAAAGCCAGGGAACAUCGCUGAGCACGAACUGGUCUGAGGUUGCGAAGGGGAAGGUGGAAGCUCACCCUGAAUGA